UUUUUAUUCCACACCUGAAGAUACGUGCAAGCAGUAUGGCAGAUGACGCUCUGUUUGAGUUCCUCCACAUGGAGAUUGUUGCUCAUGUUUACAAAGAGCAGGCGACCCGUGAUGACAUUGAUAAGGAGCGAGUGACGUGUGUUUCUACUCUAGAGUUGAUGGGCUUCAGAGUUGGACAAGGACUUAUUGAAAGGUUUACAAAAGACUGCCCCACUUUCAAAGAUGACUUGGACAUAAUGAAGUUCGUAUGUAAAGACUUCUGGAGCACUAUCUUCAAAAAACAAAUCGACAACUUGAGGACCAACCAUCAGGGCACAUACGUCUUGCAGGAUAAUAAGUUUGCACUACUCACUCAGUUUUCCAGUGGAAAGCAAUACCUUGAAGAGGCCCCUAAAUAUUUGGCCUUUUCCUGCGGGAUGAUUCGAGGAGCUCUUUCUAACCUGGGUCUGGAGAGUGUGGUCACUGCUGAGGUUUCUCUAAUGCCAUCAUGCAAGUUCCAGGUUGUUGUUCAGAAACUGUAGGAUGGAGAAGAAGAGAAAUGAACUUUUAUAUGUGAAUGUGAGUUAGAUGAACCUAUAUUCGACAUGUUUACAACAUUUGUUUUUCAUAUAAUGCGGUUUCGAGUCAUAUUUUGGUGAGACUGUUUCAUAAUUCCUCUAAAUAUUUCGCUCCACCAGAUGGAUUUGGAAAUAUAUUGAUUGUCAUAAAUUCUACCUCAAGAGCAGACUGGAUUAUUGUAACAAUCAUGGAAAUAUAUUUUCACUAACAUGACAUUUCAUAACCUAAUAUUUUAAUACGAUACAACAUCAGGUCACGUAACUUAUUUUGGCCACUUUUAUACCUCUUUGGCGAAUAAGAUAUUAAAAAUGUUUAAAUUAGUUUUGUCCUGCAUUUUUAUUCUAAAUGUAAUUUAUUUCUCAAAAUUUGGGACUGUUAGUAUGCACGGUUAUCUUUAAAAGCCAUAAUUUAAUAAUAAAAGAUCUGAUUCAUUAAUUGAGAAAUAAAGAAAAUCGUAUGGAAUGAUGUGAGUGGUUGCUGAAGAAACAACUUUUGGGUUUGCUAGUUCAAUGACAACAAACAGAUUCUUGAUUUCACCAGUAGAGGGCAGUCUUCAUCAGUCAGAUGAAAGCUUAAUACAAUAACAUGCUUUCAUAAAAGUUUCCUUUGUAUGAUCUUGUACAAGCUUCUUGCACUUAAGUUAGUCUUUACUGGUACAGUCUUUGGUACAGUUGUGUUGUGUAGAGCGUGUUUUUGUCAUCAAAUGCUCAAUAUCCAGAUGAAUUUGCAAAUCUUCAAAUAAAUGGAGGAUUAAA